AUGACACUGAGUAUCGGUGGCCACCAGGAGCAGGGUAGCAGGAACUAUCAGGAGGACAGAGCCGCUGUUCACUUCUGUCGAGCGCAAGAGGAAUGCGUGUUCUACAAUGCCGGUACAUGUCCAUGUGUCGUGUCGGGCCUCGUUGGGGCUAUUUAUGAUGGUCACAGUGGAGAAGAUGCUAGUAAGUACCUUCAGACUUACCUCGGCAACGCUGUCUUGAAAGCCGUUUAUGAUCUCAAACGGCAAUAUGGAAAAGUUCGAGAUUGUAAGAGUUUCGGUGACGCUAUCAAGCGGUGUUUCGCUGAACAAGACUCCAUCAUUCUCGCGGAAGACGCUAUUAAGGAUGGCAGUAAGCAGGCCUUAGCAAUGGAGCUCGUGGUGGUGUUAGCUGUCGAUACGUGA